AUGACGACAGUCACUCCGACCACCACCACCCUCGCCCUCACCAGUCCCACCAACAAACCCAGUCAUCCGGCCCCCAUCGAGACCAGACGACCACCACCAACCGAAAACCGAAAACCGAAAACCGAAAACCGAGAGUGGUCAACAGCCAAUAAAAACCAGACACCCUUCACCUCAUCAGCACACGAACCAUACCCUCAUCUAUUCACAACCAUGGCCUGGCCUAUCUCCCAAAAACCAAACUCAAAAACCACUCACAGAUCGAGCCAUCAUCAGCACCUCGAGGAUGACGAUGACGAGGAUGAUGCCCAACUGCUUCUGCCAACUGGCAAUGGGAUCACCCACAAACGCAUCCAACGUGUCAAACACUCCCUCUCCUACAUCAUCAUCUCCGGUGCGGCCUCUUUCGCACUGGUCAUGAUGGUCUGGCUCGGCCCGGGCCUCGUUAGCCGGGACCCAAAGGGGAUCGCCACCCAAUCCAACGCACACGUCGGCUACAGCGAAGACAACAACACUCCCACCGGGAAACCCAUCAUCCCUGUCUCAGCCAACUCCAGCUCGAGGCCUCAGCUCUCCGUCAGCAAACUGCCCGCCGACAGGAAACCUUUGCCCCACCAUUCCUGGAACCCGCUGCUCUACGACCCCGCUCCCAUCACUCAUGUCUUCAUCAAACCAUGCAUGUUCCCCCCCUGGGCAUUCAAGACCUUCUGUACCCCUCACCAGACCGCCAGGGAGAUCGCCCUCUACGGCAGGUGGGUUCGCGUACCUCGAGACCUGAGCAAAGGUGUUGGCCAUUACUACACCGAGAUCUACUACCGUCGCGCACAAACUCUUGACCUCUCCUCACUCGACCCCAAGCCAAUCACCGGCCUACAGAUACUGGAUGAAGACGAAGAGAAUGACCCGGUCAUCAAGGCCAAACUAGCUCAGCAGGGCUGGCAAGUCGCCGGGGAGAGUCUCAGGACAGGGAUCUGGCCGGCCAAGGUCAAGGAUGCCAAGCUCUGGUUCACCCGUUCGCCCACCUUCAACGGCACCGACCGGAUCGUCCAACCCAUCAACGAGAUCAGCGUCCUCUGGAGUCGCAAGUCCGACCUCACACCACCCUGGUGGGGCUUCGAAAGACUCAAUAAGCCGGUCUUCGAGGGUGAUAACCCCAUGAAUCAUAUCCAGUGUGACAUCGCAGUCCGUCGUGAGAUCGUCGAACCCGCCACUCCUCCCCGACUCGCUUUCCAAAAAGAUGGCAAAUUCAAAAUCAUGCAGAUCUCUGACUUGCACUUUAGUGCAUCGGGCGGUGAAUGCAAAUCAGCAAGUGAAAUCAAGAGCUGCGAUAAGGAUGGAGCGGAUGCUACGACGAAGGCAUGGCUCACUAAGGCGAUCGCUCAAGCUCGACCGGACUUGAUCGUCCUAGGAGGGGAUCAACUAUUGGGCCGGGGCAAGACCUUCGACACGAUCUCAACCCUGACCAAGCUCGGCCAUUUCUUUGCGGAUCAAAAGGUUCCAUGGACCGUCGUCUUCGGCAACCACGAUACCGACCGCUCUCUGGCUAUCGAGGAACAGAUGUAUCUCAUGAAACAUAUGCCCCUCUUCCUUGGUAGAGCUGGCCCUGGCGUCCCCGGUUUCCCAGAAGAAAACCUUGUUGCAGGCGAUAGAAUCUCUGAUAUGGGCGUUGGCAAUUACAUCCUCAGAGUCAAUGCUAGUCUCUCUGACCCCACCCAGUUACUCAGUCUCUACUUCCUCGAUUCACACGAUUAUCCGAGCAGCACGUUAUCACAAAUAUGGGAUAUGGCGAUGGGAGGAAGUAAGAAGUACGACUGGUUAAAGAAGUCACAGAUUGAAUGGUACAAGGCAGAAUCGAGUCACCAGCCGCGAGUAUUGCGGCCAUAUGAGACGAGCGCAGGGUAUCGAGACCGAGCGCAAUCGAAGGAGAACGAGGGGAAGAAGACCAAGCCAGUCGGACUCAUGUUCUUCCACAUCCCUCUCCCAGAGGCCUACGCCAAGGCUGAUCUUAACCCGAAGUCUCGCGCCGAACUCCUCUUCGGCAAUCAGAGAGAAGGCCCCCUGAAUGCGGAAGACGGCGAUCAGUUCUUCACUAAUGCUAUCCGCACUACAUCUAUUUCUGACGCGCCUUCUAAUUCAACCUCCUUCGAACCGGAGAUUAAAGUGAUCGCUAAUGGUCAUGCCCACGCCACGGAUACUUGCCGACAACAUCAAGGAGUAUACCACUGUUUCUCAGGCCUAUCGUCGUACAGUGGGGCCUUAGAUGUCAAAGUGGCAAGAGGAUGGGAGCGAAGAGUACGCGUGUUUGAGGUCGAAAACUUUGGAGAAAAAGUGUCGACUUAUCAGCUUAAACAUUCGCUCGGCUCCGACGAUCAUCCGGUCGUCAGACUCGGCUCUCACAUCUUGUUCGACUCCAAGUCGGGCUCAACUUGAGCACUUCCUCCUUCCUCAUUCUACAACCAAACCCCCGCGAACCUUUUCUUGUUCAUUUGUUCUCUUACCUUAGAUACCCUUCAACAAAAGUUGAAUCAAUUUUUUCUUCUUCUCCUGUCUAUCAUCAUCAUCCUAUUACCACUCCUAUUUGCUUGAGAUGGUUUCUUGUUCUUGUUGUUGUUUGUAGUGAUACAAAAUAAAAAUUAGAUGUGCAUGGAUUUAUCACUUGUACAACAAAACCAAACUCUCUUGAAAAUUUUGUUUCUCUCUUGUUUCAUCAAUUUGUCUAGAUUUUGCUCCUCAUAUGUACAUAGAAUAUAUAUCCAUAUCAAUAGGCCUUCUCAAAUAAGCUGCCCAUUUUUAUACACUCACUCACUCACUCACACACUUACAUGCAAAAGGGA